CAACGCCUUUCAAACGCGCGUCCAAGUUUGAUGCGUAGGCAUUGUUCUUCCAAGAGAAAAUGCAUAAAAAAGUUGUAAAUGCUGAUUUGAAAGUUGCUUUUGUUUCGUCCAAUGAAUAUCCUUCCUUUCCUUCACCUUCCUCUCCCUUCCGAAUUUUCACUUUCUUUUUUGUUUCGUUUUCAUUACGUGCGGUAAAAUAUUGCUUUUUCUUUUACGUCACUCCAGGAAUAAAUGAUAGUUUCAUGGAAUAGGUGCGUGGAUAUGCAUAAAGUCUUGAACUACUUUACAAGCAAUCGAACAAUGCAAUCGGUGCUUUCAAUUUGAAAUAUGCAGUAUCAGCGGCUGCUUCUGCUGCAUUCGAUUUCGUUAUAGUGACAUUUUUCGUUACAUGAAAAAUUCCCGUGCAGUGAAGCUUGUGAUCUUUUCGAAUUUAUUAUCUAACGGUUGGUGGGAACAGUUCGAUGUUUUAGGUAAACACCUUCCAUUGGUGUGACAAUAUGAGAUGAGAAACAGCAUCUGUUCUGCUCAACUCACUUCAACGUUGCGUUUUUAUCGUCUGCAGUUGUAAUUGCGAAAAUUUGGGUAUAGUUAUCGUUUUCCGAUGCAAAUCGACGACGAAAACAGUGAUCCAUCGGUUUGGAACAAUGUGUGGAAAAUUAAAGAUUCAUCAGAGUCGAAAGGGGAGGCUAUUAUGAAGUUCGGAUCUAUGUGCCUUCAGGUACCUACAGUACGAGCUCUUCUAGUCUUUGGCAAAGAUGAUGCACAAAGUGACGCUAUUAAAUGGGCUGCUGAAAAAUUAUGUUGUGAGUGCACCAUAGCAUAUACAGCUGAAACUGCCACAGAAUCAUUUCAAAGCAUUCAUCCUCAUCUUGUAUUUAUUGACUCAAGACAGUCGAAAUUCUUCGAUUCCAUAGCAUUGUGCAGAUCACUUCAUAGUCUUCAGGGAAGUCAAUACAGUUGUCUGGUUGCCAUUGUCAAAAAGAGCGCUGUUGAAAAAGAAGAUGGUUCUAUGUCCCACUACCUUCGAUCUGGAUUCACAAGGUGGUUUGUGGAGAGUAGCAACCUUGGAUAUUGUCUGAAUGAGCUCAUACAAAUUCAUCAUACUGACAUUUCAUAUUUUUUAAAACUGCGAGCAUCACAAGCUCUCUUUACAGCUCUAGAUAGCUGUAGAGAGGGAGUCAUUGUCACUAAUUUGGCUCAUAACAUUGAAUAUGCCAACAAAUCAUCUGAAAAGUUUCUAGGAUAUACAUCUAAGGAUUUGAUAGGAAGAAAUGCCCAAACUUUGUGCAGAGCUGAGUCAGUCAAAGCAGAUAUCGCUGAGAGCAUUAAUAUGCAGGUAAAGAAAGGAAAAGAAUGGGAAGGAACCCUAUUUCACAAAAGAAAAUCUGGAGAAAAUUUACCUUUAUGGAGCAGAAUUCAGCCUGUUGAAAUAUAUGCUGGUUAUGCUGAGCAUCUCAUACAUCUAAAUGAAUGUCCAUAUAGUGAAAAAUCUUUUGGAUCAGAAUCUACUGAUAUGCUUCCUCUUGUUAAAGCACCAAGGAAAGGUUCUAUUGAUGUUCGAUCCUACUCUGGUGAAACUGGUCUUAAUAGAAGGCAGUCAUUUGCAAAAUUCCAUCCUAUGACUUUAGAACCUCCGAUAACAAAAGUCAUUAAUAUGAUAUUAGCUACACAAGAACACAGUCCCCUUUUUGUAGUGCAGGCACUUGAUCGUGUUCUGGACAUUUUAAGAAGCACUGAUAUCUAUUCUCCUCAGUUCACUGGUUUGAAACAAAAUCAUGUUGAAGAUCAAGUGGCUUCUGAUCUCUUCAGCGGUUUAAUAUCUAAUAGCAAGCAAGUCAUACGCAGAUUUUCUCACGAAGCUUUUAGAGGUGUUCCUGCUUCCGGGACACUUCCACUGACUCCUUCUUCGCUACCAACUCUCGGAGCUGCUCCUCCUAAAAUAAAAGAUGCAUUAGAAAAUAUCCAUGAAUGGUGGUUUGAUAUAUUCAAUUUGGAGAGAGUAACAGAAAAAAGGCCUCUUGUGUGGUCAGGGCUCUCAAUUUUCAUGAAGUUUAAUGCAUGUAAUCUUCUAAAUUGUGAUGAAAGUGUGAUCCGAAACUGGCUUUCCAUUAUUGAAGCCAAUUAUCAUCAAAAUCCAUAUCAUAACUCCACACAUGCUGCUGAUGUGUUACAAGGAACCGCUUAUUUUCUUCAAAGACCAAGAGUUAAGGCUAUAUUUGAUCCCAUGGAUGAAAUAAUUUCUCUCAUUGCUGCAGUUGCACAUGAUGUUGACCAUCCUGGUAAAAACAGUGCAUUUUUGUGUAAUACUGGAAAUGAUUUAGCUAUAUUGUAUAAUGAUUUGUCAGUUCUUGAAAGUCAUCAUUCUGCAUUGGCAUUUAAACUAACAGUGUCGAAUGAAAAAGUGAAUAUUUUUCAAAAUUUGAACAAAGAUACUUAUAAAGAGGUACGGCGAUCUGUUAUUGAUAUGAUACUGGCCACAGAGAUGACAAAACACUUUGAACAUUUGUCUAAAUUUGUUAAUGUUUUCACAAAAUCUGUAGAAGCUGAAGAAGACGAAACACUGGAGCAGCCAUCACCAGAUUUAUCUACAAUGUCCACACCUGAAAAUAUUGUUCUUGUGAAAAGGAUACUAAUAAAAUGUGCAGAUGUCUCCAACCCUGCCAGGCCAUUGAACUCUUGCAAGGAAUGGGCAUUUAGAAUUGCAGAGGAAUACAUGGCUCAGACUGACGAAGAAAAAAGCCAAGACCUACCAAUAGUCAUGCCAGCAUUUGAUCGUACUAAGUGUAGUAUUCCCAAAUCACAAAUGGGAUUUAUCGAUUACUUUGUCAAUGAUAUGUUCGAUGCAUGGGAUGCUUUUUGCGAUGUCCCAGAGCUGAUGGAAAACAUAAAACAAAAUUAUGAAUACUGGAAGCAACAAGAAGCUCUUAGGCCUCAAGAAAAUACAACUUGAAAAUUAUCAAUAUUGUGCAGAACUAACUCCAUAUGAAAUGUGCUGUCGCACUAAAGGGACUCUGUCCCCAAGCUCUUAAUGUCAUCUCCCUCAACAAAAAAGAAAAAACAAAGAUUAUUUAAUGUUCAUGAAAUACAUGUGCUCAAGUGUUGUGUUAUGUCACGUAUGGCUUCCUAUUUCGUGAUGAACAAAAUUCCAUUCCUCUGUCAUGGAACUAAAACAAUUACUCUUGGUGGAAAUACAAAUUACUCACCAAAAAUGUGUACAGUGAAUCUAAUGAGUUCCGGGUAUUGUUAUUGUGCUAAAUUAUUUAUCUGAAAACUUUUACAAUUGUUUUUGUUUUGUUACAUACUCAGAAAUUUUAUAGUCAUUUAAAUAUUUAUUAGUUUUGCUGCAGUGCCAUUAUUGAUGUUAUUUUCAAAAAUAUCCUUAAUUUCUUUAUGAAAUUAAAUCAGUCUAUUUUAUUUUAACAUUUUGAUAGAUUAAAACUAAUAUGGCAUUUUUUAGUUGCAUAAACUUUUUUUUUCAAUUAAUAAAUGCACAGUUAUUGAAAAUAGUUUGAAAAAUUAUGUUUUAAAAAUCUAUUUAAGCAGUUAAAGAUAAGUUUAAACAAUUAGUCAUUCAGUUAAAAAAUAAGUUUCAGAUGCAGGCCUCACAGUUGUCCUAUAUUUCCUACAUUUUUUUCAAAAAAUAUGUUUUAAAGUUUCCUAUUAUUGUCUUAUAUUUUUAAAAAAGGUUUUACUUUGAAUGUUUUCUUGUAAAUUUUCAAUUUCUGCAUUUUUAUCACUUAUCUAAAAUAUCACAUUAUUAAUUAUUAUUUUUAAAACUUAUAUUGUCCUUUUUAAUAAAAACUUCAUGUUUGAAACAUAAGAGUGUGAAUUGGCUACUUUUUUCAGUAAAAGCCUAUGUUAAUAACUGGGUAUGUAUGUUUAAGUAUUAGUUAUUUUGCUAAAACUAUAUUUUAUUUUCAAUAUCUAUUUAUCUAGUUAAUAAAAAAAAAUUCAAAAUAAAAUGAUGUGAAUAAAAGUUUGCAAGACAUGUAAUGCAAUAUUUAAAAGAUACAGUAUUUUGCAUGGAAUAUGGAAACUUAAAAUUAAUAAUUAUGUGAAAUGCAAUUUUUUUUCUACUAAUUUUAAUAAAAUUAUAUUCUAUUUUCAAUAUCUGUUUCAUUUAGUUGAUAGAGGAAAUAUUCUAAAUAAGAUAUGUGCUAUUAUAAAUUAUUCAAGUGAGACUUCUUUUUCAUACCUAUAGUUUGCCUUGUUUGUGUUCAAAAUUUUAGAUAUUGAAUUUCCUAAUUGUUCUUUUCAAUGAAAUUUUAAAGUGAUAUAAAUGCAGAAAAAAAAAACUUUCUUUUCUUUUAAACUUGGGUAAUGUCAAAACAUAAUAACAAUCCAAAAAUGUUUUUCAUUGUUCAGACUUUAAACAGAGAUAAUUAACAUAAUCACAUAAAAUUGUGUAUCCAUACUUGUUAAACUCUGAUAACUUUAUUUGUGACCAGUUACUUAAAAUGUUGUGCAGUAUUUUUUUGUACAAAAAAUUCUAUAAAUUUUGUACCUUUGCUGUUAGGACUGCAUUUUAUCCAUUUUUACCGUAAUGUUUUUAAAAUACGUGAUCCUUAUCGAUUUAGAAAUUGAUCUUUACUUUGAAUUGCAUGUGCUGCAUAUACUUAAAACAUAAUUACUCAAGAUAUCCUAUUAGGAAUUGUUGAUAUUUGUGUAAGAAAUUUUAUUGUCGUCUUUGUUAUUAGUUUUUCCUUGUUUUUAGAUGUUUCAUAUUGAAACAGUUAUAAAAUUCGUUUUUAUUUAGAAUAAAAAAAGAAAAAUUCUUAUUUUGGUCAAUUUUUUGCUUUUAAAAAAUAGAUAGCUGUUAUUUUACAAAUUUUUCCUGACACCGAAAUUUUCCCUGACAAUCUCUUGAAGAGAUGAGAAAUAUCUAAAUUGAUUUAAACAAAAAGAUUUAUAAGAAAGAUAAGAUUAAGAUUUAUAAAAAUAAUCCAACCAAAACUAAAUAUUUUCAUAUAAAAAAAAAUAAUAUUUUUCCUCUCUGUAACUGUUUAUUCAUUUUAAUUCAGUCAAAAGAAUCAUUAUUUUAUGCCAUUAUUCGAGUGAAAUAAGUCAGCAGCUUUUUACUGUUAUGUAUUGUGUGAGUAUUAAAAAAAGAAAAAACAUUAAUGUGACACAAUGUUUGAAAAUUAGUUCAAUAACUUAACUUCAAAAUAACUUAAUUACAGGUUUUUAAUUUUUUUUUUAUAAAAUUACUGCCUGUUGAGAAAGUAGGAAUCUAAGUAAUAUUCUUGUUAAAAGUAUUAAGGAAAAAUCUAUAAUUAUUUUAGUUUUCAUCAAUGCAAAAUGUUAUAUUUUUGUUGUAUUAUAUCAAUUUUCUUUUUUAAAUUGUUCGAUAAGAACAUCUGAUUCUAAAAAACAUUCUGUAACAAUGAGAAGUUUUUUUUUUUUUUUGAAUUUCUUCUAGGUCUUGUAGUCACUCAUAUGAAUUUUUUAGAAUGUGGUCUGUAAGUGUAAAAUUGAAAAUGGAAACCACCUUAAUAAAUGGAAUAUUGAUAAAAACUAACAAUAUUUUUAUUUAAACUAAUAUAAAAGGAUUUAUGUUUGUUUCUUAAGUUUAUAAAACAUAUUUAAUAAUUUACUGUUCUAUGUUUGAAGGAGGAAAUAUCAUUUAUAACUACGUAUUUUUAUAAUAUAUUUUGAAUCUAUAAUUAGUGGUUUUUUUUUUUUUUUUGAAAAAUAGAUUUUUUAAAUUUAAGAUUAAAGGAUUUCGUGUGGAAUUUUAAGUUUUUGCAAAAGUAGCUGCUGUAUUUAAAUAUAUUAUUAGGCAUUUAAAGAUUUUGAAAAUUUCUUGUAAAUUUUAAAAAAAUAAUAAUAUUUGUAUAUAUAUAUUAGUUUAUAUUUCCAGUUCUAUUCCACUCAUGAAAUGUUACACUUAAUUUUUUUUUCUUUUAAUUUUUAACACUUAUAAGCAAAUUAGCUUCCCAGUUUUAAAGCAAAAUAACUAUUUAAUGAAUUGUUGGAUAUUUAGAGACAUUUAAUUAAAAAAUGAAAAUUAUAAUAUAUAUAUAUAUGUCUAUAUAUUUCAAAGGAACUUGUUAUUCUGUGUGUGAUAAAUCUAAGAUUGAAAUGGAGCUUCAAAAUUUUAUGAAAUUUCAUAAUUAUAGUACACACAUGUCAAAAUAAAGUUAUUAGUAUUUAGCUGAGAAAAAUGUGUAAUUAUGUGUUGAUUUUCUAAACAGUUUAAUAUAUUAUGUAUGUUCUAUACAUUGUUCAGGGAAUAAAAGAAGUCUACUAUGAGGUACCAAGAAAAUAUUUUUGGCGGCUUAAAUAAUGCCAGUUGUUUGAGUCAUUAGUUUAAAUAGGAUUUUAUGAAACAAAUUUUUGUCCUCUGGAUUGCAUGAUUAUUACCUUUGGUUUCUUUGUACUACUUUUCUAUAAACAAAUUAUAAUAGUAAAUUAUGAACUGUUUAUCUAUAUUAUUAUUUAAUUGUUGAAAGAUAGUAAAAUUAGUAUAUUUUAAUCAGUCAAAUUUGUACUAAUGAAUUCUAAAAAAAUUAUUUUUCACUUGCCAUUCAAGGAUAUUUAUAUUCCAAUCAUAUAAUUUUAUUUCUUUUAUUUUUCAUUGGUGGAAAAAUAUGCCCAUACAUGUGUAAGAAACUUUAAAAUGUAGUUUUUUUUUAUGAAUCAGAUUCAGAUUGUUUAUUUAAAUUUUGUUGAUUAACUGUAACAAAUAAUACCCAACUAAAUAUGUGAUGUGAAAAAAUAUUAAUCCAAUUUGGUGUGUACUGCUAAAAAUUGUGCAUUUUUGAGUGUGAUGUUUUGCACUUGCACAAAUGUAGGACUAAACACCAUGUAGGUAAAGAUUUGCAUCCAUUUUGGUGUACCAUUAAUCUAGUGUUGAAAAUGUAUUGCAGUUUGGCUGGCUGAUGUAAUACAUGUUGUCUAUUUUACUUGGUUUUAUUUAAUGCUUAUAAUCUGAGUAAUAGUUUUACAACAAAUAGUCAUUGAAUUUGUUCUGAAUUCAUUUCUAUUAGCUUUAAAAUAGAAUUUGCUACAAUUAUUUUUAAAAUGUAAUGUGUUAUCUAUGUAUUUUUAUUUAAAUCAAUUUCGUUUUCAAAAGAUGAGAGAAGCAUAGAUAUUUUAUUGAACUGCAAUGAAUUUAUUUAAUUCAUUAUAAUUGAAUUAUUUUAAAAUAAAGCUAUCAAUGAUUAAAAGUAUAACGUUUAGUUAAUGGGUUUUAUUAUUAUUAUUUUUAAAUAAAGCUGUUUAACAUUUAAGAUAAUUCUUAAUUUAUACUAUUUAACCCUACACUUAAUAGUGUUUCACUAAUUCUAGAAUUUUAUUUAAUUAAAUAUUUAGCUGUUAUAAAAUUUGUAAUUAAAAUUAAUGAAAAAUCAACAACAUAUUGUUAGGAAGCGUAAUUAAAUUAAAUAUUCUUUGUUUGCUUAAAAAGAGGAUCGGACAGGAAAUUAAAAUUUAUAAAUAUAAAUUUUUUUAAAGGCAUCAUUAAGAAAUUUCUAAGUCCAAAUUUCUUGAAAUUCAAUUUGCAUAUAUGCUUAAAAUGAGCAGUAAUGAGUAAAAACAUUUCAGUUUUGUGAUUUAAAAAUAAAUCACAAAUUAAUGAUACACAAUAAAGAUUAUUCAAAGGAACACAUGCUCAGCAUUAAAUAAUCCCAAGAAAUUGAAGGAGUGUGAUACUACUUGACUAAAAAGUCAUAGUUUUUUUAAAUCAAUAAUAUGCUUAGAAUGUUCAAGUUAUUUUAUUGGUUGUAUAACAUUUAAAAUGUGAAGAGUAAGAUUUCAGCCAUGAGCUUUUCCUAACUAUUAUCAUUUUUUUAAAGAAAAUUUCAUCUGUAUUUAUAGGAAUCAUUAGGAUAAUUGUCAAAUUAAUCUUUAAAAAACACAAAUGAAUAAAAUGAAACAUACAGGAAUUUGUAUAAAACGUUAUUCAAACAAUUACUUUAUCAGAAUAAUUAAAGUUGUUUAUAGGCUAAAAACAUUUAAAUUAGUUUUUUAAUUAAAUUAGUUUUAAACAUUUUAUUUUAUUUAUGAUUUUAGCAAAAACUUUUCCCAUUAUAAUUUUUGUUUCUUGAAACUUUCCCCAUUAUAAUUUUUCUUUCUUAAAAUACAUAUUGGUUGUCUUAAAGCUGUUAUUGUGAGAAUAAGAAUUACUUUAAAUUAAUAUUAUUUUUUAUAUUUGUGCAAAAUUUAUCCUUUAUUAGAUCUUUUCUAGGAACUGAGUAAUAAAUUAGGAAUUAUGCUUGCAUAAAAUUUCUGUGGUAAUGAAGUUAAAAAAAAUUAUCUAUAUAUCAAUUUACUCUGGAAUUGGAAACAGAAUAUCAGAGUUUUUCAGAAAUAACUAUGUAUUUGAUCCUGUCGAAAACUCUUUAAUAGAGUUUCAAUACUUGGUGUUAAGUGAGAAAAAUAAAAACUUUUGUCCUAAAAAUUUAAAACAAGUGAAGAAGCUUUGUUUUCAAAAUUCUUUAAGGACAUCAUAUAAUUCUUAAUACAAGCAACUGAAGUUUCAAGCUACAAUUUAUGAGUUGGUUUGUAAAGUUAAAGCAUUUUAGCUAAUUUAAAAUUUAAAACUGAGUUUAUUAUUAUUUUAAGUUUUAUGUAGAUCAGUUUAGUCUUUAUCUCAUUUAAAUUUUUUUUAAGAUACCUAAAGUACCUUGUAAACUGAAUAAAUUUGAUUUUGAUGUU